GGGGCGGAGCUCAAAAUUAGCUGAGACAUGUGAAUAGUCCUGGUAAUCACAUGACGGGCUAAUAAAGUUACUAGCUGCAAGCAAAGCAAACCAAAGCAAAGAGAAAAGCAGUUGAGUCGCCAAAGCACUAAUAAAGUUUGCAGACCUGAGGCAAGAUGCAGGGAAUAAAGAAGCAGUACAACAAGGUCACUCAGUUCAUGACUGAGAAGAUGGGGAAGGACGAGGGGACAACCAUUGAGGAAGAUUAUAGGGAUCUGGAAAAGUUGACUGACGCCACUGCCAACAUCAUCAGCACAAUCGAUAGCAAAACCAAAGAAUUCCUUCAUCCCAACCCAAACGCUCGACUCAAGUUGAGUAUGAAGAAAGGAUCAGCGUAUCCUCACGUAGAAGGUGUGUUGGGAGACGCUCUAGGCAGGAACGAACUAGGGGAGACUCAUUUUGGACAAGCACUAACGGAAGUAGGGGAGGGUCUGGCCAACAUCUCUGAAGCCAAGGAUGAACUGGAUGUAGUGGUGAAGACCAACUUCCUAGACCCCCUCUCACAGCUUCUCUCUAAAGACAUCAAGGAGAUCAUGCAUCACCGAAAGAAGAUGAAUGGACGAAGGCUCGACCUUGACGCCAAGAAGAGGAGGCAGGCUAAGGGCAGUAGCAUCACUGACGAUGAGAUUGGACAGGCCCUGGAAAAGUUUGAGGAGUCUAAAGAACUGGCAGAGAGUGGAAUGAUAAACCUCCUGGAUAAUGAGGUGGAGCAGGUGACACAGCUGCACUACUUUGUGGACGCCUUGUUGGACUAUCAUCGCAAGGCCACUGACAUUCUGGAGAGUUUAAAUACAGCGGUUCAGGAACACAUAGACCAAGCCUCUUCUCAACCACCGCGUCAGAGAACGGCGAAGUCCUUCAGCCCUAGGUACAGUAGUCAGCCUGACUCUGACGAUGAUGACGGACACCCUCCCUACAGCCCACCAGCCCCAGCCGCUAGUUCCAACUCCACCCCCUCUGCACAAGCUGUCUACGACUUCGAGCCCGAGAACGAGGGAGAGCUUGCUUUUAACGAAGGAGACAUCAUCACACUCACAUCUCGUAUUGAUGAGAACUGGCUGGAAGGAGAGGUCAACGGUCGCCAUGGAUUUUUCCCCGACAACUACGUCAAGAUUAUUGUGGACAUUUGAUUAACUAUUGAUGGAUGACUAGCACUUAUUAGUACUUUUUUGAAGAGUGCAGUUUUCUUGCACUUACGUAUGAGCUUUAGAGACCAUUUUGAGUAUAAUAUGCUGUAGUUUCAUGCGUUUAUGGUAUUGCGUAUUAAUAGUGUUUUUAAGUUGAGAUUGUUGAUCCACAAACAUUUAUAUUUUUGUUUGAUCUUGUUCACUUUGUGUAUAUAUUACUCGAUGGUAUUAUUUUCAUGAAAAAAAUUUGUUCUCGAUGUUAA